ACGCACGACGAAUUAGGAAAGUCCAGAACGCCCCAGGGGAAGCAGAUUCCCAAUUCAAAUCCCCAGAAAUUUAAUUCUUCACAGAAAUGGACGAAUCCUGUUCUUCCAAGAGGUUGAACGGUAAAGUUGCCAUAAUCACCGGCGCCGCCAGCGGAUUUGGCAAGAGCACCGCCAGGUUGUUCGUUAAACACGGCGCCAGUGUGGUCGUCGCCGACGUCCUCGACGAUCUCGGCCGAUCACUCUGCCAAGAACUCGGAUCUGAGAAAACUGUUUCGUAUUUACACUGCGACGUGACGAGCGAUUCUGAUGUGAAGAACGCUGUCGAUUUCGCCGUCGAGAGGUACGGGAAGCUAGAUAUAAUGUACAACAAUGCCGGAAUCACCGGCGAAAUGGAUCCGACGAUUUUAGGUACGGAUGGGGAGAAUUUCAAGAAGGUAUUCGAGGUGAAUGUGUACGGAGGGUUUUUAGGAGCGAAACAUGCGGCUAGGGUUAUGAUUCCAAGAAGAAGCGGCCUGAUUCUCUUCACUUCCAGUGUUGCUUCGGUGAAUAGCGGCGAAUCGCCGCAUGCUUAUACGAUGUCGAAGCACGCAGUGGUGGGAUUGAUGAGGAAUUUGUGUGUGGAAUUGGGGGAAUUUGGGAUUAGGGUUAAUUCGAUAUCUCCAGGGGCUAUUGCAACGCCGUUACUGAGAAAUGCGUUGGGAUUCACGGAGGAGGCGCUGGAAGAGGUGAUCCGCUCGUCGGCGAUUUUGAAGGGGGUAGUUCCGACGGCGGAGGAUGUGGCGGAGGCGGCGCUCUACUUGUGUAGUGAUGAAUCCAGGGUGAUAAGCGGGCAUAAUCUCGUCGUCGACGGCGGCUAUAGCACCGCCAACCGCUCUUUCUCCGCCGCCGUUAUCAGAAAACUGUCCUCUUCUCCGUGAAUAUUUUUAAUUUAAUUUUUAUUAUUCUUAAUAGCAGAUUGACGUAUUUUCAUUAAA